AUGGGAUUCAGGAUAUCUAAUCUUACGGGCGAUCCAUUUGCCAUGGCCACCAUUUCAUUUGGGUUGAUGGCAUGGAUAGUAUCACUUGGAGGUGCAGCUGCAUCUUUACAAAACGAAUUUCCUCAUUUCACAUGGUGGGGUAUUGCUUAUCAAAUUGUCAUAAUUUUCAUCAUAUUCUUGUUGUAUGCUAAUAACAAUAUUGAACUUUAUAAAUUCACUUUGGUGGGUUUAGUCAGUAUUGCAUUUAUUUACAGUACAAACUCAACCAAUAAUUUGAUUUAUAAUUCAGAUUCAUCAGGUAAUUUGUGUUGUGCUGCAGGUUGUAUCUUGCUGAGUAUUUUGAAUUUGAUUUGGAUAUUAUAUUUUGGGGGACAUCCGGAAUCACCUACAAAUCAAUUUAUUGAUAGUUUUAGCUACAGAAACCAUGCUCAUGAGCAAUUGGGUCGUUCACCAGCUCUUAAGAAUGAAUCGUAUGAAGAUGAUCUUGGACAAACUCAAGAAUUCAAAAGAUUUGGUUCGAGCACCAAUUUACCAUCAACUACUUCCAGGCGUUUGUCUAAUCAAGGCUCUACCCAUAUGCUCAGUGAGAAUAACAAUAGGUUAUCAUCACAACCAACUAGUGGUUCUUUGCGCCCGCAUCAAGCAAUGAGCUCUGCUGCUCUUGCACCAAACCAAGUCGGUACAUACAACAGUAGCAAUGGAACUCGUGACUUGCUUAGUACCAAACCAACACCCUACUAUAAUGACUCGUCCACUGGUACAGGUACCGGAACUGGAACGGGAACUGGAACGGGAACGGGAACUGGUACUGGAACGGGAACGGGAACUGGUACUGGAACUGGUACAGGAACAGGAACAGGAAUCACAUUUAGAUACAAGGCAAAGGCAUUGUACAGCUAUGAUGCCAAUCCAGAUGAUAUCAAUGAGAUUAGUUUUGUUAAAGACGAGAUUUUAGAGGUUGACGAUAUAGACGGUAAGUGGUGGCAGGCAAGAAGAGUCAAUGGACAAGUUGGUAUUUGUCCAUCGAACUAUGUCAAGUUGAUUGACACUUGA